UUUGUCGGUGACAGUUGGUGUUUUGGUCUCUGUCUCGUAUCAUACCAUACCAUUUUUAUAUAUAUUGGAACCUCUUCUGAUUUAUGAGAACAGUGAAAAAACAAUCUAAUAUAAAAUAUAUAUGGGACAAAUAUAUACGAUCAAAAUCAAAAUAAAAGAGUGAGAAAGUUUCUUCAGUGUCUCUAUUGUGAACGCAAUCAGAACCAAACAUGAUGAACACACUGCCUGCACAGCCAGUUGGUAUACAGAGUACUGCUGGAGCUGUACCAGUUCGCAAUGAAAAAGGUGAAUUAUCUAUGCAAAAGGUGAAAGUGCAAAGGUAUAUAUCUGGAAAAAAGCCUGACUACGCCCAAGGGGUAUCAUCAUCUGAAGAAUCCGAUACAGAAGACUUUAUAGAACAGCAGAGACCUGAACGGAAACAAAUAUUGCCACAAGUGAUCAGCCAGAAAGAUGAACAAAAUAGUGAUUCUGAGAAGGAGGUUGAUGAUCCUCGGCUUAAAAGACUGCGGAUGGCCGCACGUUCGCCACCGCGUCGCGCCGAACACAAACCUGAGAUUAUUGAUGCAGAACCGGAGCCUCAGUCAGAAUCUAGCGGAGAGGAGGCCAAAGAUAGUUCCGACAGUGAAGACGAAUUGGACGAUGAGGAAAUCGAGAGACGCCGGCAGGCACUCAAAGCAAAACUUGCUGCAAGGGAGGCUGAAAAAGAAGUUCUUGGCCGUGACGAUGAUGACGAAAUGAUGGAUGGCGUCAAAGAGGAGAGUGGUUCCUCAGACAUGGAGUAUACAGACAGCGAAGAAGACACAGGUCCUAGAGUGAAGCCAGUAUUCGUGAGGGCAUCGGAACGUAUGACAGUAGCGGAGAGGGAGCGUAAAAUGAAACAGCAGAAAAAAGAAGAGAGCGAAGCACGUAAAGAGAAGGAGGACAGAAGGCGUGAGGCGCUCAAACUGGUGGAAGAUACCAUUCGGGCUGAGCAGAGGAAUAUGCAGGCGGAACAAAAAGAGGGCAACAUCAACGAUGUGUGCACAGACGAUGAAAACGACGAGCUCGAGUACGAGGCGUGGAAGCUGCGUGAAAUGAAACGCAUCAAGCGAGACAAGGAGGAAAGAGAGGCGAUGGAGAAAGAGUUGCUAGCCAUUGAGCGCAUGCGCAACAUGACCGAAGAGGAGCGUCGCGUGGAACAACGACUCAAUCCUAAAGUGGUCACCAACAAGGCAGUCAAGGGAAAAUACAAGUUCUUGCAGAAAUAUUAUCACAGAGGUGCUUUCUAUUUGGACAAAGAAGAAGACGUGUUCAAACAAGACUUCUCUGGAGCAACCCUGGACGAUCACUUUGACAAGACUGUUUUGCCAAAGGUGAUGCAAGUGAAGAAGUUCGGUCGUUCUGGGCGCACCAAGUACACUCACUUGGUGGACCAAGACACCACGGAGUUUGAUUCCGCGUGGAGCAGCGAGGGAGCCGCCGCCAGGCUCGCUAACUUCCGGGGCGGCAUGAAACAGGUGUUCGACAGACCCUCCGCUAAGAGGAAGCAUAAUAGCGCGAACUAAUAUAACAACGCUUCAACGCUCUAGCCACCGUCAGUUGCCGCAAUACAACAAGUUCUUCGGUAACUCUAACCAAUUUGUAUAUGUUACCAGGAAUGUAUGUAAUCCGUAAUUUUAUACAAUUCCUAGGAUAUGUACAGAAUUCCUAAAACGACCAGGCAAUGUAUGAAAUAUUAUUUAUUUCGCACUUUGGCCAGGAAUUGUGCACAAUGCAGAAUGUGUAGCCGGCAAUGUGUUAAUAAGACAAAAGUGGGGAAAAGAAAAACCUAAUCUAAUAAUCUACUUCGUGGUUCUUGAUGUUCCGAUCAUAGUCACAAGGUAUUCUAACAACGAACCCAGCGCUACAGUUGAGUUAUUUAUGCCUUAAUUUUUUUUAUGGUCCCAACCCCCCGUGCAGGUGGGGGGAGCUGCGCCCCCUUGUUUUUAUAUAAUAUAAUCCUAAUAAAUACACACUAAUUCAAAUUAUUUCACACAUUGCCGGUGGACCUGCAGACAUUCUAUACAAUGCCGAGGAAUUCUGAGCAGGCCUUAGGCAUUCUAUAGAUAUUCUAGGAAUUGUAUAGAUUGCAAGUAUACAGAUUUCCCGUGACAUAUACAUAGUGGUGACUUCUUUCUAAGCUCUUUGGCUUUGAAUUACAUAUUAGAGAUAUGAAGUAACUGUCAUCUGACGACCUUCCCAGAUCGGAAUAUAGCAAUAACAACAUUUUUUUCACGUUAUAAAGAUUAGGGGGGUUAAAAUAAAAGGAGAAUGAUUGGUAAAGCGUGUGUUGUUGUAACAGUUUUGUGAAUAUAUUCUGUAAAUAUAGUUAAUAAGGUUUGUUGAAAAUAUUGAUUUGUAAGUUUGCAUAGUUUUCACGAAGGUGUGAAGACUGGAUAUGUAAAUAAAUAAUUGGAAAUA